AACAAACGAAAAACACGCAAAUUUUCCAAAUAAACUGCAUUUAAAGUAACCGAAUGGAUAACGAAGAAGUGAAACGCGGUCGUGGACGUGGCCGUGGAACUCGAGCUCGUGGCAGGGGUCGCGGGCGAGGACGUGGUCGUGGCAAAAAGAUCGACGACACUAGCGUGAUUGAAGCCGCCUAUGAAGCGGGUGCUGCGGCAUCCGUGGCAUCACAUACAACCGUCCUGGAAGGCAGUCCCGCCAGCACAGACCAUGUGGAAGAUGCCAUCAUGCAAGAUUUGGACAAGGACAACGAAAUGGAGGUGGCCACAGUGUUGGAGGAGCAACAGGCCACAACAAAUGCGGAUAUGACGCCGCCGACGCCUCAGCAGCAGGUGGCCUUGCCUGUUACGGCCAAAACGAUUGACAUGGAAUCGGACAUAUCACAACUGGAGGCACCCACCUUUACCACAUUAUCGCGCGGGCCACCGGAGCCGAUGUUGCGCCUGAAAUGGAACCACAAAGUCAGCCUCAUCGGCGAGAAGGUACUGAAUCCCAUGAUCCAUUGUUGCGAUCAGUGCGACAAGCCCAUACUCGUCUAUGGCCGGAUGAUACCAUGCAAACACGUCUUCUGCCUGAAGUGUGCCCGCGCCGAGCCCAUCAAGAGCUGUCCCCGAUGCAGCGACAAGGUGCUGAGAGUUGAGCAGAGCGGCCUGGGCACCGUCUUCAUGUGUACCCAUGGCGGCAGUCGGUACGGCAGCACGGGUUGUCGACGCACUUAUCUGUCCCAGCGCGACCUGCAGGCUCACAUCAAUCACAGACAUGUGGCACCCCAGCUGCCGCCACCACCAACGGCUCUUGGUGCAGCGGGCGGCGGGGUUGUUGUUGUUGACCCGAAGCUGGCGGACCUGAGCGGCUUGCAUAAGCAGCGCAAGCUCUCCGAGUCACCUGCCUCGUCCUCCUCCUCCUCUGUUGCUCGCUCUUUGUCGCGCCUUCCAGCCAUGUCUGUCGGCACCAUUCCACCGCCUGGCUCUGCCGCUGCCGUUGCGGCCGCUCAAAACUCCGUCCACGCGCACUCAACGCUCACGCUGGCGAAUCUGGCCAGAAUCAACAAUGCCAACGCCCUGGACUGCCACCAGGGCAAGGCCUCGCUGCACCAGUCGCUGAAAAAGGGUCCGUCCCAUCAGUCAGAGUCCGUAGCCGAUGCAUCAUACUACAGCAGCAUUCUGGCCUCCUUUGGCAGUGCGGGGCCACCGGGAGCAGUCAGUGGCGGCGUUGCUCCAGCUCCUACCCACAACUCCACUCAAGCCACCUACGAGACGGCCAGUGCAGCGGGCAGCACAAGCGGAAAUUGGCAGCAAACGCAAUAUAGGAUAUGAUAGACCACCACCAUACACUCAAGAACAGCGGUUUUUUAGGCAAGUUCGGUUUUAAAUUAAGAAGAAAGUUACUGUAAAUUAAGAAUCGAAUGAAAUUAAAAGAAUGUAUUUUAAAGAA